GUGGAGCGGUGGCGGAACGGCCCGGGACGGCCGAGCAGCCAUGGGUGUCGGGGUGCCGGGCCCCCCGAGAGCCAAGGUCCCUGGCCGGGGUGGGGGGCGCCCGGGCUGCCAGCCCCGCUGACACCGCCGCGGACGAUGUGAGCCGGCGCCUCUGCCGCUGCUUCGCGGGCAGGGCGCGCGGUGCCACCGGCCCCGCCGCCGCUUUUCUCAUUUGGUUGGGGGCGACUGGACCAGGCCGCUGGGGCUUUGGAAGAGGGGCUGGCUGUCUUUGGCAGCUUGAUUGGGGGAGGCGACCCACACAGGGCGCUCGCAGAUUUUUUUACCCUUUUUUUUUAAGCGGCCUUAACUGUCUUUGGCAGCUUGCUUUUGGGGGGAGCCUAUAAAAGGCCUUUCGGGGUUUCUUUUCUCGGGGGGAGGGGGCGGUGGUCCCGACUUGGCCGGCCGCCUGUUGGAGGGGGGGAGCGGGCAGCGGGGGCAUGCGAACCCGGCUCCCCCCACCAUGAUGAAGACGGAGCCGCGGGGGCCCGGGGGUCCCCUCCGGAGCGCCUCGCCGCACCGCAGCGCCUACGAGGCGGGCAUCCAGGCGCUCAAGCCGCCCGACGCGCCCGGGCCCGACGAUGCACCCAAGGCAGCCCACCACAAGAAAUAUGGCUCCAACGUCCACCGCAUCAAAAGUAUGUUCCUGCAGAUGGGCACCCCGGCCGGGCCGCCAGGCGAGGCGGGCGGCGGCGCGGGCCCCACCGAGGCCCCGCGGGCGUCGGAGCGCGGCGUGCGCCUGUCGCUACCCCGGGCCAGCAGCCUGAACGAGAACGUGGACCACAGCGCCCUGCUCAAGCUGGGCACCAGCGUGUCCGAGCGCGUGAGCCGCUUCGACUCCAAGCCCGCGCCCUCCGCGCAGCCCGCGCCGCCGCCGCACCCGCCGUCCCGGCUGCAGGAGACGCGGAAGCUGUUCGAACGGAGCGUCUCGGCGGCCGCGGGCGGCGACAAGGAGGCGGCGGCGCGGCGGCUGCUGAGGCAGGAGCGCGCGGGCCUGCAGGACCGGAAGCUGGACGUCGUGGUGCGCUUCAACGGGAGCACGGAGGCUCUGGACAAGCUGGACGCCGACGCCGUGUCGCCGACGGUCAGCCAGCUCAGUGCCGUUUUUGAGAAGGCCGACUCGAGAACCGGCCUCCACCGCGGACCCGGGCUCCCCAGGGCCGUGGCCACCGGGGCUCCCCAGGUCAAUUCGAAGCUGGUCAGUAAGCGGUCCCGGGUGUUUCAGCCGUCUCCUCCACCGCCCGCCCCGUCGGGGGAUGCGCCAGCCGAGAAAGAGCGCGGCCCCGGAGGGCAGCAGCCCCCGCAGCACCGAGUGGCUCCCACCCGGCCGCCCCCCAAGCCCCGGGAGGUGCGCAAGAUUAAGCCGGUGGAGGUGGAGGAGAGCGGGGAGUCGGAGGCCGAGGCGGCGCCCGGGGAGGUGAUCCAGGCGGAGGUGACGGUCCACGCGGCCCUGGAGAAUGGCAGCGCCUUGGCAACCACAGCCAGCCCCGCGCCCGAAGAGCAGAAGGCCCAAGCGGCCCCCGAGAAAGAGGCGGCGACCGUGGCGGCGCCUGAAAGAGGGGUGGGCAAUGGCCGGGCCCCGGAUGUGGCCCGGGAGGAGGCAGAGGAGUCCAAGAAGGAGGACUUCUCGGAGGCAGACUUGGUGGACGUGAGCGCCUACAGUGGGCUGGGGGAGGACUCUGGGGGCAGCGCCCUAGAGGAGGACGAUGAAGACGACGAGGAGGAUGCGGAGCCUCCCUAUGAGCCGGAGUCGGGGUGCGUGGAGAUCCCGGGGCUGUCCGAGGAAGAGGACCCUGCCCCAAGCCGGAAGAUCCAUUUCAGCACUGCGCCGAUCCAAGUGUUCAGCACCUACUCCAACGAGGACUAUGAUCGGCGCAACGAGGAUGUGGAUCCCAUGGCGGCCUCUGCGGAGUAUGAACUGGAGAAGCGGGUGGAGAGGCUGGAGCUGUUCCCUGUGGAGCUGGAGAAGGACUCUGAGGGCCUGGGCAUCAGCAUCAUCGGCAUGGGGGCCGGGGCAGACAUGGGCCUGGAGAAGCUGGGCAUCUUCGUCAAGACGGUCACUGAGGGCGGCGCGGCCCAUCGGGACGGCAGGAUCCAGGUGAACGACCUCCUGGUGGAGGUGGAUGGAACAAGUCUGGUGGGAGUGACCCAGAGCUUCGCGGCCUCCGUGCUCCGGAACACCAAGGGCCGCGUGCGGUUUAUGAUUGGCCGGGAGCGGCCUGGCGAGCAGAGCGAGGUGGCCCAGCUAAUACAGCAGACCCUGGAGCAGGAGCGUUGGCAGCGGGAGAUGAUGGAGCAGAGAUACGCCCAGUAUGGGGAGGAUGAUGAGGAGACAGGAGAGUACGCCACCGACGAGGACGAGGAGCUGAGCCCCACGUUCCCAGGUGGCGAGAUGGCCAUCGAGGUGUUUGAGUUGGCGGAGAAUGAGGAUGCUUUGUCCCCUGUCGACAUGGAGCCCGAGAAGCUGGUGCACAAGUUCAAGGAGCUCCAGAUCAAGCAUGCUGUGACCGAGGCGGAGAUCCAGCAGCUGAAAAGAAAGCUGCAGAGCCUGGAGCAGGAGAAGGGCCGGUGGCGGGUGGAGAAGGCCCAGCUGGAGCAGAGUGUGGAGGAGAACAAGGAACGCAUGGAGAAGCUGGAAGGCUACUGGGGCGAAGCCCAGAGCCUGUGCCAAGCCGUGGAUGAGCACCUGCGGGAGACCCAGGCCCAGUACCAGGCCCUGGAGCGCAAGUACAGCAAGGCCAAGCGUCUCAUCAAGGACUACCAGCAAAAGGAGAUUGAGUUCCUGAAAAAGGAGACCGCACAGCGCCGGGUUCUGGAAGAGUCGGAGCUGGCUAGGAAGGAGGAGAUGGACAAGCUCCUGGACAAGAUCUCAGAACUGGAAGGAAACCUGCAAACACUGAGGAAUUCCAAUUCUACUUAACAGGAAUCUUUCCUUGACCAGACAAUAAUUAAUCCCCUCCCAUUGUCCUCCCUCCCCGUCCUCAAUAUUCCACCCCACCCCCAACCAGCCUGGGGACAGGUGCCCCGACUCCCCCACCCCUCUGCCCCACCUCCACCAGCUUCAGGGACCAGAGGGCCCAUGUCACAGGCCCCAUUAUUGGUGGCCCCAGGCAGACAGGUGGCUGGAAGGAUGGCCUCCUUCUUUCCCUAUGGGGCUGAGGCACAGAGGUCAAGGGAUGCCGAGGGCUGGCCUGGGUGGUGGACGGACAGACGCAAGGACCUGCAGACCAAACUGCCAGACUUUACAACCUCCAGCCUUUGUCUCUGGACUGGAAUGGGGCUGGGGGCUCUCCCAGCAUUUCACCACCUGGAGGCUGCUCCCUGCCCACAGGGCUCCUUGACUUGAGAUUCUACCUUCCUGGCCCUUCCUGCUCCCCCAUCACUGUGCUGUCUCUGUUUCAUUCUGAUCCUCCUGCUGGGAGGGGUUGCCUCCACACUUCCUCCCGUCUCCAUCUCCCCUCCCAGGAGGGGUGGAGUUCACCCCAGAGCCUGGAGGCUGGGCCGGGCCCUGCACUGAUUUCUCAUAUAUCCUUCUGGGAAAAGGGGAGUAAGUAGAAAAAGGGGGGCAGCAGCCCUUAAUUUCUCCUUGUGCCUCCCCCUUACCCUUCCCUGGUGCCAAAUAGCCAUAACCUCUUCCUGGAACUGCUCUGUGGCCUCUGGCAUCCGGUUUCCUGGCUAAGUCUGGGAGUGCCAGGGAGGAGAGGUGGUCAGCUUAGAGGGCCUGGCUGCAGAGAACCUGGUCUUAGGCAAAGGAGCAUUUCUUACUGAGAGCCAGGCCCGCCCUGCCCUGCCCUGCCCGGGGCCACACGGGAAAGCCUUGUACUAACACCGCAGAGGUUCAGCCUCACCCCACCCACAACCACACCCUUCCAACGUGUUGACUGGAGGGCAGCAUUUUACUACUAAACUUUUUGGAGACCAGGGCUGCCCUGCUGACAGCCUGCUUUCUAAGUGGAAUUGACUCGUUUCCUCACUUUAACCCCAAAUUGGGGCUUGGACCAAGGGAGGUGAGACCCCUGCCCAGGUCCCCUCCCCUUUCAGAACCCAUCUCUAGUUUUGCCCCUUUCUGAUGCCCUUGCCCCAGCCUGGGUUUUUGUUCAUUUUUUAAACAGACAACCCCCUGUCCCAUCCGUUUCGCUUCUCCUCGUCCCCUAUAAAUAGACCAUGCCAUCGAUCAGUAUUUCUUCCCUCCCCCUUCCUGUCCCCAGCCGUUUCCCUACCCCCUGAAAGAGCUGGCUGUCUCAGUGCCCCGGCCCCGCGCAAGUCUACGCCCAGGCAGAUGGAGGGGGCGGGGCCAGGUGGUGGGGCCGCGGGCGCUUCCGGUUUCUCAGGCUGGUGGCUAUCCCCGUCCCGCCCUCCGCAGGACUGCGUCUCUGUAUAUAAUAUAUAUAUGUAUGUAUUGUUCCCGGUUUUGUACGGACCAUGCCCUCUGUCAGGUUGUCCCCAUAAAAGCAGCCCCCAGAGC